AUGAGGCGGAUUGAUCAGGUGACUAACAUCCUGGCCCCACUAGCGGUGGGACAGGUCAUGACCCUGGCCUCCAAUGUAGUUGGCUGUGGCUUCAUCCUGGGCUGGAACCUUGUGUCUCUCAUUGUGGAGUUCUUCUUCUUGUCACGGGUGUACCGCAUCGUCCCUGCUCUUUCAAUCAAACCCCCGGUGCUGGAGGAGGAUCAGGUGUUUUUGCAGAGGACAGAGAAGAGAAUGUCACAAGGGGAAAGUACUGUUGCACCGCCUCAACCUCAACCUCAGACAGAAGGUAACUGCAACUCGAGCCUGCACCUAAAAGAAAUCACCAACCUGCCGUUGUGUUUCCAGAGGUUUCGCUGGCUGGUGAGCACCUGCAAGGACGGCUGGAAGGCCUACUAUCGCCAGCCUGUCUUCCUGGCAGGAAUGGGUCUGGCUUUCCUCUACACCACAGUCCUGGGCUUUGACUGCAUCACCACCGGCUAUGCGUAUACUCAGGGCAUAAGCGGCUCUCUCCUCAGUCUGCUGAUGGGUGUAUCGGCUAUCACAGGGCUGAUGGGCACCGUGAUGUUCACUAGACUCAGGAAGUCCUAUGGUCUGGUUAACACAGGCAUCAUCUCAAGCUGCCUCCACCUGGGCUGCUUGCUGCUGUGUGUUUGCUCUGUGUUUGCCCCGGGCAGCCCUAUGGAUCUUAGUUUGCUGAUGCCCUAUAUUACCACCAACUCCUCCACUGACCUUGGAGGGAUGGCCAGCCAAAGGCAAAAACACACCUAUGCUCUUAGAGGAGGAAGCAAUCAACCACUGCUACCAGACCGCUCCUCCAUCCACUGGACCAACAACACUGUGCUCUUUGACAACGUCCCUUCUGAUGCGGUGCCAGAAUCUUACAUCUCCAUCAUCCUUCUGUUCUUGGGUGUCAUAACAGCACGCAUUGGUCUCUGGUCCUUCGACCUGACAGUGACCCAGCUCCUGCAGGAGAACAUCUGUGAGUCAGAGAGGGGUGUGGUGAACGGGGUGCAGAGCUCUAUGAAUUACCUGAUGGAUCUGCUUCACUUCAUCAUGGUGAUCUCCGCACCACAGCCACAGCACUUUGGCAUCCUAGUCAUCAUUUCUGUAUUAUUCAUCACUACUGGGCACACUAUGUACUUCCUGUACGCACACAAAGCUAAGAGAAAAUGCCGCCUGGACACAUAA